CUGAAUAACCAUGUUUUUCAAACUGUUGUGUCUCUAUUUGACGAUAAACGUUUGCAUCGCCGAGGAAAUGUUCGCGAGCCUGUACAAGGCCCUCGUGGCGAACCGUGUGACGGCAUGCGUGCAGGGACGCGACGCGCGCGCGUGUGCAGGCCUCGUGUGGAAGCAGCGCUGGGUGCUCACACAGGCUUCCUGUGUUCUCCCUUAUCCUUUUGCUUCUAUUUACGUGAAGAAAGGGGUUGUCGACUGUAGUCAAAAUAUUAAUACUCAAUCAUCGAUAGCAACCGGUGACUCAUGCACACAUCACUUAGUUGCGUUUUACAAGCAUCCAAUGUACCCGGAGCAGGACCUGGCAUUGCUUCAACUGGCCUGGCCGAUCACCUCCACAGAGCUUAUCGACAAUCGUACUAUCAGUGGCAAUAUAAUCAAUAAGCUGGAUGAUUGGUUGAAAAAUAUUAAUUUUACUGAAGCUAUACAGAUCAAAACAACAUGGGGUUAUAAAAGAAGCUAUCAUAAAAUGUACUCAACACCAAUGAGAAUGUUUCUGGUGACUGUAGUGUUACCGUCUACUUCCUUUAUAGUAUUAUUUUUGUUCGUUAUAUUCUUUACUGGUAAGAGCAGAGGUAAUAAAAUUCCAUACAGAAAUCUUAAAAAUAAUAACAACAAGGAAACUACAUAUGUAUAA